AUGGUUGCUCGAACAGCUCGUGAAAUACUUCGAUGGCUCGAGGGUCUCUAUCUAACAUAUCCUGUUGUUGUACCAAAAUGGGAUCUAUCAAAUGGCUAUGCUUAUGCAGAAAUAUUGCAUGCCUAUUUUCCUAAAGAAAUAAAUAUGUUUGCUUUUGUUAAUGGUCGUUCGCUAAAUGCUCGAUUACUGAACUGGACACUAGUUAAACAAUUUAUAGCAAAGAGAAAUCUUGCUAUUUCAAUGGACUUCAUCGAUGCUACUUUACAUGGCAAAGAUGGCGGAGCUGAAGGAUUACUUGAACAAACUUAUCAAUUAUUAACGAAUAAAGUACCAUAUACUGAUCCAGUCUAUGAACGUGAUAGUGUAUUUUCCGAUCAUCCAUAUCAACAAAAUUUGAGCUAUUACGAACAAGCUCAUGCAUCGAAAUCAAUUAAAAAUAAUUUAAAAGUCUCAGAAUUACUCACUGAUCCAUCGUAUGCUUAUCAAUCGAAACGAUGCCAAGCGAUUCUUGAUCAAGCUCGAGCCGAUCGUCAAGCUAUUCGUGCUUCGAACCCGGGACGAUUUCGUGUAAAACCAACCUUAGCUGAAAGAUGUUUACGAGAACCUCUUCAAUCGGAUUCAAAUCCUCAAGAUUGGUACAUGAAAUCAUUUGAUUCACGUUCACGCUCAGUUACUACUAUAACUAAUAAGAGUAAUAGUAUCAAACAUCAGUCACGAAAUGGAUCUGGUGUUCUACUGAAAAAAAAUUCUCUAUCAUUAUCGCGACUUGAUAAAGAACAUAUCGAAGGCAAUGAAGAUAAUAUACUCUAUAAAGAAAUUAUUUUACGGCAACAUGCUGUACCAUUAGGUGAUCUACUACAACCCACGGAAUCUUAA